UUAACAACAUACUGUAGUUAGUCAAGCCCCCCAAGGUCACUGGCCGUUUCUGAGCCCGAGUCACUGGCAGGGUACCACGAGCGGAGGCGUACGAAUGGCUCGUCGUCGGGGGGCUGGGUGAGCAUUGAACUUGAACUGUCGUCGAACGGGUCCUCAGUUCGGGGUUCUCCGGGCCGCCAGUUGGCCAAGAAGGCCUCGCUCACUCCGAGGCGUCGCAGCUGCGGGGCUAUGGCGUCAUGUAUCAUCGCGCGCCCAGCCUCGUUCGCGAGUUCCCUCCGACUAGCCCGAGUUCGCGCCGCCAGGGGGCGCAGCUGCACAGCCGCGUUAUACGCGGCGAGCGCGGCGGCGGCACCGUCCGCGUGGAGCGCCUCCUGCUUCGCCUGUGUGUUUGUGCGAGUGAGCCAACCCCGAAAGUGGUCGACUCACUCGUAUACUCGUGCGUGGCCGUGGUUACAAUGCGAUAGAGGACUCAGUCGAAUGGCACAAAGUACCAUUGUCCCUAACUCACUCUCAAGACUCGCCAUUCAGGGGAUAAAACCCGAAGUCACAUAA